AUGCUGUCGAACAGAGGGAAGCAGAUCACUGCGGUGAUUGAUGAGCCUUGGAGAGCACUUUGGGGAAAAUCUGAAUAUGAUGCGAAAUCAAACCCUUCGGGAUUGAUAUCACUUAACACGGCGGAAAAUCCGCUGGCUUUCGAGGAAUUGACGACGUACAUCAAUGGCAAGAUUCAAUUCGAAAAUUCAGUGUGGUCCUACAGUUCCAGUGCAGGUGGUGGUCCAAAAUUCCCAGAUGCCAUGGCAGCCUUUGUCAACAGAUACUUUGAUCCAUAUGUGCCCGUGAAGAGUAGCGAAAUAUUUGCAACCAACUCCAUUCCGUCGCUGAGCGAACAGCUUGCGUUCACGCUUGCAGAAGCAGGUGAUGGAAUGCUGGUCAGCCGGCCUGUCUAUGGCAGGUUCAGAGUGGACUGGGGAAGUAGAGCUGGCGUAAAAAUCAUCUACGCUGAUACGGGUGCACUUGAGGGUUUCACCCCAGCGGGUGUAAAAAAAUACGAGGAAGCAAUAAUUGCUGCUGAAGCCAGAGGUGUCAAGAUUCGAGGAAUUAUAAUUGUGAAUCCUCAUAACCCACUUGGACGCUGUUAUCCCCGUGAGACGCUCGUUGAGAUAUUCAAGUUAUGUCAGAAGUAUCAAAUUCACUUGAUCAGCGACGAGAUAUACGCGCUUUCUGUUUUCGAUUCUGGUGAAAGCGGAGCGAUGCCGUUCGUUUCCACUUUGAGUAUUAAUGCUAAGGGAUUGAUGGAUGAAAAUCUCCUCCAUGUCAUAUACGGUAUGAGCAAGGACUUCAGUGCUCCAGGGCUUCGGGUAGGCUGUUUGAUCAGCAAAAACCCAUUGCUAGUAAAAGUUAUCCGUUCAACUGCUCGACAGAAUAACCCGUCGGGAAUCUCUCUAGACAUUUCAGCUACCAUAUUGAAUGAUGAGAAAUUUGUGGCAACUUAUCUUGAGAACACCCAAAAACGGGUACUUACGGCAUACCGAUUUGUUACUGGGCUUCUCCAAAAGCAUGAUAUCCCAUAUUUACCAGGGACGAACGCGGGGUGUUUCAUCUGGCUGGACUUGUCGAAAUAUCUACCACCUAGCACCCCGUCCCAGCCCUUGACGCAGAAAGACAAGGAAUUUGCACUAGCAAAACAGUUCUCCGAAGGCGGUUUGUUUCUUCAUCCAAGCGAAGAAAAUGGGAUGGAACCAGGGUGGUUCCGGCUUGUGUACACCCGCGAGGAAGAACUGAUAACUGAGGGUAUAAGGAGGCUUAAACGCAUCCUCAAUUCCCUGCCAUGGGUGACAACAAGGGUCGAAGGAGUUAAGUUAUAA